GUCACAGCUAGCAGACGUUCUGUAGUUCAAUUGUCAACGUUGGCGAUCUGAUUUUAAACUACAUUUCCCGAAUCCAAGGAAAACGAGGACAUGUUACGUAAUGACUUCUUUUUCUUUUUUUUACUCCGCCGUCUCCGCCUUUCACAGUAUCACCUCUGCUUGUUGAGGAGAUUUCCGUAUGGAUGCAGACGCUAAUUUUUGUUAAAUUUCGUGCCUAUCAGAGAAUUUACCCCCUUUAAACUACAACCAUGUUCGGGCGCUCUCGUAGCUGGGUUGGAGGACAGGGUAAAGCAAAGAACAUCCACUCCCUGGACCAUUUGAAAUAUAUGUACCAUGUCCUGACAAAAAACACCACUGUGACAGACAACAAUCGUAACUUACUUGUAGAAACCAUCCGCUCCAUCACAGAAAUCCUUAUUUGGGGAGAUCAGAAUGACAGCUCCGUCUUUGAUUUUUUUCUGGAGAAGAAUAUGUUUGCCUUCUUCUUGAACAUCCUGCGUCAGAAGUCUGGUCGCUACGUCUGUGUCCAGCUCCUCCAAACCCUCAACAUACUGUUUGAAAACAUCAGCCAUGAGACUUCCCUAUAUUAUCUUCUGUCCAACAAUCAUGUCAAUUCCAUCAUCGUCCACAAGUUUGACUUCUCAGAUGAGGAGAUCAUGGCUUAUUAUAUUUCCUUCCUGAAGACGCUGUCACUCAAACUCAACAACCACACUGUGCACUUCUUCUACAAUGAGCACACUAAUGACUUUGCCCUGUACACCGAAGCCAUUAAGUUUUUCAACCACCCAGAAAGCAUGGUCCGCAUUGCAGUCCGCACCAUCACACUCAACGUCUACAAAGUUUCAUUGGACAACCAGCACAUGCUGCACUACAUUCGGGAUAAAACUGCAGUCCCAUAUUUCAGUAACCUGGUGUGGUUUAUCGGCAGCCACGUCAUCGAGCUGGAUAAGUGUGUUCAGACGGAUGAAGAACAUAAGAACAAAGGGAAGCUGAGUGACCUGGUAGCGGAGCAUCUCGACCAUCUCCACUAUCUGAACGACAUCCUCAUCAUCAACUGUGAAUUCCUGAACGACGUCUUAACCGACCACCUCCUUAACCGCCUCUUCCUGCCGCUCUACGUUUACUCCUUGGUUUGUCCUGAGACGUCUGAAGAACGGAAGAUUAACCCUCAGGUGUCUCUCUACCUGCUGUCUCAAGUGUUUCUGAUCAUCCACUAUCAACCUUUGGUCAACGCCCUCGCAGACGUGAUCCUCAACGGAGACCUGUCUGUCUUCAGCUCUCAGACAGACGUGCACAGCUCACACAAGAGCGCGGGCGGAGCAGCUGGGGUGCUUCGGUUCAUUAAACCCCCCGAGUCUCUGGAGCGCUCGCUUGAGCUGUCGCGCAGCCGUGGCCGCAAGAGAACGCAGAAAAGACCCAAUUAUAAAAACCUGGGGGAAGAGGAGGACGACGACAGAGCAGGGGGUGGUGGCAGCGGCGGCGGCGGGGGAGGAGGAGGAGGGCUAGAAGAGAGCUGGGAUGAUGAUGGCUGCAGAGGAGAGAGGGAGAAGGGAAAAGGUACAGAGGGAAUAGGAGGCGGAGCAUGUGGGAGUUCUAAGGGAAGCAGAGCGAGUGGGGAGAUGGCGGAAGAAAUUGAGAUGGUUGUGAUGGAGAAGUGCAAAGUUUCUGAUCUGGCUGAGCAGAACAUCACGGAUGAAGAAAAGACCGCUGCUGCCACUCGCACACAAACGCAGAGGAGCAGACCGUUUCUAGACAUGGUCUACAGCGCCCUAGAGUGCACCGAUGACGACUACCAGGCUCUGUUUGUCCUCUGCUUGCUUUACGCCAUCUCACACAGCACAGGGAUAAACCGGGAUCUUCUGGAGCGUCUGCAGCUGCCAGUUCCAGACCAGGAGAGGAGCUCAUACAGCCUGGUGCUCGUGGAAAGACUGAUCCGAAUCAUGAGCCAAGCAGCUCAGCCGGAUGGUAAAGUGCGCCUAGCCACCCUUGAGCUGAGCUGCCUCUUGCUAAAGCAGUCUGUGCUUUCUGGAAACCACUGCAUCAUCAAGGAUGUCCAUCUGGCCUGUCUGGAGGGAGCCAGAGAAGAGAGUCUGCAUUUAUUGCGAAGUUUCUACAGGGGGGAGGAAAUCUUUCUAGACAUGUUUGAGGAUGAAUACAGAAGCAUGACGAGUAAACCCCUGAAUGUGGAGUAUCUCAUGAUGGACGCCUCCAUCCUGCUGCCACCCACGGGCACCCCUCUGACCGGCAUCGACUUUGUAAAGAGACUGCCCUGUGGGGAUGUGGAGAAGACGCGCAGGGCGAUUCGUGUGUUCUUCAUGUUGAGGGCUUUGUCGCUUCACCUUCAGGAAGAGCCAGAGACCCAACUUCCUCUGACCCGACCGGCAGACCUCAUCAAGACGGAUGAUGUUUUGGACCUCAAUAACAGUGACCUGAUAGCCUGCAUGGUGGUCAACAAAGAUGGCAGCCAAGCUCAGAGGUUCCUCGCUGUUGAUGUGUACCAGAUGAGUCUGGUAGAACCCGAAACCAAACGACUUGGAUGGGGAGUGGUCAAGUUUGCUGGUCUUUUACAAGACAUGCAGGUGUCAGGAGUGGAGGACGACAGCAGAGCGUUAAACAUCGUCAUUCACAAACCCGGCUCCAACCCCCACGCCAAGCCGCUGCCCAUCCUGCAGGCCACCUUCAUCUUUGCUGACCACAUUCGCUGCAUCAUAGCCAAGCAGAGGCUGGCCAAAGGUCGCAUUCAAGCGCGGCGCAUGAAGAUGCAGAGGAUUGCAGCUCUGUUGGACCUGCCAGUGCAGCCCAGUGCUACUGAGGUGUUGGGGUUCAGUCAGACCGCCAAUGCCUCGCCAAGCGGCCUGCCUUUCCGAUUCUACGAGCAGUCCAGGCGAGCCUCCAACGACCCCACAGCCAACAGAUCCGUGUUUGCCUCCGUCGACAAAGUCCCAGGCUUUGCAGUCGCUCACUGCGCGCCACAGCACAGCCCCUCACCCCUGUCCUCCCCGUCACCCCCCUCCAGUGGUAGUGGAAGCACAGGAAGAUGCGACUCCGUCACAGCCAGCACCAUUUCAGCUCAGAGCCCCACAGAUGAUAGUGCGUUCUUAGAACACACUCCGCCCUCGUCGUCAGGCGGAGAAGCUGAUGGAGGCGGCGAUGGAGUAACGGGGGUUUCCUCCGGCCCGUGUCCAGCUCUGGCCCCGAGCCUCACCCCCGCCUCCCAGCCCACCAUCUCCCUCCUCACAGACAGCGAUGCCGACGCUCUGAGCGUGGAGUCACUGACGCUACUGCCCCCCGCCGACUCGCCCCACCUGCACCCCUGUGCUGUGACUCACUCCCUUCACAGGCCGGGGGCCUCCAUUCUAGAGGAGGAAGAAGAGAGCCCGCAGGAGGACGGGGGGUCUCCGCUGGACGAGACGGAUGCAACAGUGAAGGAAGAAACCACCGAGACGGUUGAGCUGGUCACGCCCACAGACGAAGCUGCAGAUGGAGCAGAACGCCCUGCAGGCGAUGACGACGCUCUGGAGUUUGACGGAGACCUGCAGCAACAAGCAGACCUCCCGACCCAGACGACAGCUGCUGAUGAAGCCGUUCGCACUGAAAUGCCAGACUCGCCCGAGCUGGACUGAGGAGCCCGCACACGUCAUGCACUCCCCACCCUCACGUGUCAGGAGCAAUAGACUGAGUCUCACGCUGCCGCCACAGAGCCGUGUUGAUGUAAAUAGUCUGUAAAAGGCUUUUGAAGGCGUCUCAUCACUCGCGUUUGCACAUAAAGACUCUUUUAUUACCCGAAAGAACAAAGACCGCACAUACCGGGAAGUCCCAAAGCACAUCCUAUUAUCUGCGCACUCACAGUGCCAGACCGCAGUGUCACGCGCAGGUGUCGAUUCCUGCAACCAGCAACGUUUUUCUACUCGUCCGGAUCAACGUUUGGGCUCGAACGCAACAUUGUUGAUGUCUCCAGCUUCAGGUCAUUAAACAUUCAUCGAUGCCUGGAAGUUUUCUUUAUCAGCCCAUUGAAAGUCGAUCAGCUGCGUUUGCCUUUUUCUCACUCGCCAGAUUUCUGUUCUUUAGUUCUUCAGACGCUUUUCCUUCGACAUCACAGGAAAAACAAGAAUCAUCAGCAAAGAUGAUUCAAUUAAUGAAUGAAGCAAAGUUGCAUCACUACCCACUAAAACCUCCUUGUUUAAAACCUGCAGGCGUUUCAGUGAGGUGGAGCUAUGAAGUACAGCAAAUACCUCUGUGGAGGUAGAACUCACUCUGUCUUUCAGUUUGUAGGUCACGUUUAAAACAGGUUACUGAAAUAAAACAAAACCUUGCAAGAGCCAAAGUCACAGUUCUUGCAUUUCUUUUUCACUUUGGUUUUGACACGUCUGCAUUUUGGCUUUAAAGAUCCACUCCCAUCAUCUUUUGAUAUGUUUUCAAAGCGUUCUCACUUGUCUUUUAGUUAUGAUUAUGCCGUUUUAGCCCCCUUCUAGGACAUCAUUUCUGCAGAAGUUCAUUAAAAAUUUCCCUUUCAGUUGUAGGUGGGAGCAGAAAGACUCCGCCCCCCUCCCCCCCUCGUUACCAAGAGAUCUCUGUUUAUCCGCUUUCCUUCAAGCUCCCAUUAACCUAACUUCCGCACAGUUUUUAGCCAGAUGACGCCUCGAACGAGAAAAUCGAAGACGUUCAUGUGUCCAUUUGUCUACAAGUGUAUCAGGAUGGACUGGAGCUGGGAGCUUACUAGUAUGUUUUUUUUUUUUGUCACAAAUGUGAUCUCUUUCAAACUACAUUUUAUUAAUCCGCUCCUGAUUUGCAAAGAUUUGAAUCAAGAAAUACUUUGACAAUAUUCCUAAAAUUGCAUUUCAUUCUAUUUAUGUCCUCCAUCAUUAGGAAGAUGCCGCAACAACAUGUUACAAACCCCCAAAAAACACAAUUUUCAUCAUCUGCAAUGUCAUCUUUAAAGAUUCCCCCCAUGAAAAUUGUGUUUUUAACAUAUUUUGUGGCAUUUCUCUGAUGAUGGAGGACAUAUUUAAAGACAGUUAGGCUCAAAACUGCAUUUCUGCAUUUUUCGUGACGUAAAAGCUGCUACAGCGAACCACAACCGCUGCAUUCUGAUUCAUCCACUUGUAGAUGAAUACAUCCAUGAACGUCUUUGCUUUCCUCCGGAAUCUGGCACUCAACUAUGGCUGCAGAGCUCCAAUAUUAGUCAGCAUUUUGGUUGCACCUCAAAAUUCUAAAGACACCUGCCGCUCUGCAGAGACUAUGUUCCAAUGCCACUAAAAUCAGCAUAAUUAUAAUGAAAAGACUAGAGGGAACGCUUUUAACAGAUCAAAAGAAGAUCGGGGUGGCACUUUAAAUCUGUUUGUUCCGUUGAAUGUAUCCACUAGUUUGAGAAUGAUUUCCAACAUCGUCGGAAUACUUAUGAAUGUCACCAACAUUAUUGUUGGGUUUGGGUAAUUUAUUCUUUUCAUUAGAUUCAUAGAAGAAAUAAAAGCAGGAAAAAACAAA